AUGUCAACUCUACCGACAUCUCCGAUCGGAAAGCAACAACUGAUCGACAUGAAAGCUGGCGCCAUUCUACGCGAAAACGCUCGGUACGUUAGGUCUUCGAGCUGGUUUUUAUCCUGGAACCUGCUAAUACAAAUGUCGUUCAUGUUUUCAUUGAACCAUUGCAGUUCUCCUUUCUUCUUUUGCAAAUUUCUUACUCCCCUCCACUCACUCCCCUCACUUCAUUACUUGUUCACCGGUUUUUUGUUUUGCUUACAUCCUAGUUCUAGUGUAAUUUUUUUCUCCCACGACCGACUUUCUAUUAACCUCGGCAUUGAUCAAGUAAUUCUUCGCGUUAUUCCUAUCCUUUAUUCACGAAUAAGCUAA